UGCAGUGACAACGGCAUUGGGCAGAUCUUGAGUAUAAAAGCCUUUUCCUCACUCAUUGCCUUCUCCUUCACAGUGUGAGCAACACAAUCACGAGUAUUCUCUCGCUCGAUCACUCUGCUUCGCAAACUUGCGUGAUUGGAGCUUUCUGGAGUUUGCUUAGCCGCGUGGAAGUCCCUCGCUAACUGGUAUUCUCUCUCCUUACUCCUCUCCUUCCCUUCGAAUUUGAACGUUUUAAUCCUUGUUUCACCGCUCCAUUUCAUAUAACUUUGUCUCUUUGAAAUCUCCGACGAACUUCAGAUUUCCUUCUCAUUUUCCCUCUGAAAGCAGGCGUACUUCGUGAUUAUUCGUAUCAACUCGGAAGUCUCUCUCUCUCUUUUGCUUCUCUCUCUUCUAAUUACCCUUCGGGAAAAACCAAAAUUGACUGAUUGGAACUUUGAAGUUAAAUUUUCGAAAAUGCUUCAUCAGUUCUUGGUCUUGUUCUUCCUGUGCUUCAACGUGGUUGCUCACUUGUUCACCUCUUCCGCGCUCGGUGAAGUAAUAACCUGCUCGAAUAUUGUACCAUUGAAGAAUCGGAGGUAUAAUAUUUCCCUGACUGACUUCGGUGGUGUCGGUGAUGGGCGGACAUUGAAUACUAAGGCCUUUGGGGAGGCCAUAUAUCAGAUUCAACACAUGGGAAGGGAAGGGGGCGCACUUCUUUACAUACCUCCUGGGGUUUACUUAACAGAGAGCUUUAAUCUUACAAGUCGUAUGACACUUUACCUAGCCCCUGGUGCUGUGAUUAAAGCCACGCAGGUUACACAUAAUUGGCCUCUAGUUGCACCAUUGCCGUCUUAUGGAAGAGGGAGAGAGCUCCCUGGAGGUAGAUAUAUGAGUUUUAUCCAUGGUGAUGGAGUCAAUGAUGUGGUCAUCACUGGUGAGAAUGGGACAAUUGAUGGGCAAGGAGAUAUAUGGUGGAACAUGUGGAGGAAGAGAACUCUACAAUUUACCCGACCAAGCCUUCUUGAAUUGGUGAAUUCCACCAAUAUUAUCAUUUCAAAUGUGAUUCUCAUUAACUCUCCUUUCUGGAACUUACACCCAGUUUACUGCAGCAAUGUUGUUGUUCGAUUUGUCACAAUUUUGGCUCCACAUGAUUCACCUAAUACUGAUGGAAUUGAUCCUGAUUCUAGUUCAAAUGUCUGCAUAGAGGAUUCUUACAUAUCCACUGGAGAUGAUCUUGUCGCUGUGAAGAGUGGUUGGGAUGAAUACGGAAUUGCUUAUGGUCGACCAAGCUCUGAUAUCACCAUUCGUCGUGUAAAUGGAACUACACCAUUUUCAGGGAUCGCCGUCGGCAGUGAAACCUCUGGUGGAGUGGAGAAUGUACUUGCUGAACAUAUCAACCUAUGCAACAUGGGAGUUGGCAUUCACAUAAAGACAGACAGUGGCAGAGGAGGGUUAAUAAAGAAUAUAACAGUGUCCGAUGUGUAUAUAGAGAAUGCAAGGAAGGGAAUAAAGAUUUCAGGUGAUGUUGGUGGCCAUCCUGAUGACAAAUUCGAUCCUAAGGCUCUCCCUAUUGUCAAGGAUAUCACAAUUAAGAAUGUUCGAGGUGUGAAAGUUCUGCAAGCAGGUUUAAUACAAGGACUAAGAAAUGCCCCUUUUACUGAUAUUUGCCUCUCUGGCAUCAAUUUUCUUGGAGUGAAAGGAACUACUAGAUCUCCUUGGAAGUGUUCUGAUGUGUUUGGAAGUUCUCAUCAGGUAUCCCCAUGGCCAUGUUCUGAGUUGACCAGCAAUCAACCUGGAUCAUGUGCCAAUCACUCCCAAGUUUAAUGGAGAUUUUAUCUCGCCUAAGUCAAUAAUAGUUACCAAGUUUUUUUUUUCCCAUUGAACAUUAAUUAUGAAAGGGCCAAAUGUCAAAUUUGCCCUCAAAUUAUAGGUUAAAGAGCAUUCAAAAUUCUAAA